CAAGAGUUCCUGAAGUCAGAGAACAGAUCAGAGAAGAAACUCUCUGAGAUCCACUGCUCAGCUCUGGCCUACAUGCUGCAGAUGUCAGAGGAGGUUCUGGAUGAGUUGGACCUGAACAAGUUCAACACUUCAUUUGAGGGACGACGGAGACUGAUUCCAGCUGUGAGGAACUGCAGAAAGGCUCAAUUUUCUCACUGUGGACUCUCAGAGAGUCACUGUGAAGUUGUGGUCUCAGCUCUGAAGUCCAACCCCUCCCAUCUGACAGAGUUGGACCUGAGUAAUAACAACAAUCUGCAGAAUUCAGGAGUGAAACAUCUGUGUGAUGGACUGAAGAGUCCAAACUGUAAACUGGAGACUCUGAGAUUGUGGAGAUGCAGGUUGUCAGAGAUCAGCUGUGAUUCUCUGGUCUCAGCUCUGAACAUGGUACACCAGCUCAAGCGUCCACCCUCAGAUAUUUGGAGGAAGUGCUACAUUGCUUGA